AGAUUCGUUGCCGCUGGCGAGAGACGCAGUUCGGUGCACCGCGAUCACUUCUUACCUUGUCCACGCGAGUCUUUGUAGUCUACUGUUGAGACACGUCAGUGAAGUCAACCUAAAUAACUUUACUUCGGCCAUUUGUUUCGCUUUUUUCGAAAAAUUUGAAGUAGUUGGGGUAUAACGACACGAAUCCCACUAAUUGUGUGAGAAGUGUGUUGGUGGAUCAAAUUUUGUGACAUUUUCCUGGGUAACUUGCAGGGCUAGAGCGGAAGUCGUGUUACAUGAUGUCCGGAAACACCGCAGCCAGUCUUCAUACCAGUCAGAGGGGGAAAAGCUUCGCUAUGGAGUACCUCCUCGGUGGCAGUAGCGGAGGUGGAGGGAAAGAUAGCGGUGGCACAGGCGGCGGGGCUUUGGCACCCCUUGGACUAAGCCUACCGCACCUGUACAACACCUGCUUACUGCCACACCUGCCUGGUCUACCGCCUCCUCUUCUGCCCUCGCUGCCAUACCCGCCCUUGCAUCACUACCCUCUUCCUCAUGCCCUGGCUGCUGGCUUGCAAGGUGCGCUUCCCCCGCCCCUCUUAGGCCUGGGGCACCCAGGGCUGGGAGGGCGCCACUAUGGGGACAUUAGCAUGGGCCGGCGGGACGCACUAGGCCUGGAGGGUCCCCAGAGCCCUGGGUCAGCUGGGGAUCACACCAACACCUCCGACUCUGAUCACCACGACCAUGACAAAUCAGACGACCUGGCCGACGACCUGGAGAUCGACCCCGUUGAGAGUGAGGACGACGAUGCUGGCUCCUCGGCCGACCGCUCCUCCAGGACAGGUGAUGGCCAUGAGGGCGUGGGCGGAGGUGCGGGCGUGGGCGGCAGCAAGUCGAGGCGGCGUCGGACCGCCUUCACCUCGGAGCAGCUGAUGGAGCUGGAGCGAGAGUUCCAGACCAAGAAGUACCUGACGCUUAGCGAACGCUCCCACAUCGCCCAGACGCUCAACCUGUCCGAGGUACAGGUGAAAAUAUGGUUUCAAAACCGCCGUGCCAAGUGGAAGCGUGUGAAGGCUGGUCUGGUCUCCGGAUCAUCUGGUGGGGGCAAGAGUUCUGCGUCGGGGCAUAAGAUCAUAGUUCCUAUUCCUGUCCACGUCAACCGCCUUUCCAACCUCUCACAGUCUCAACAGAUGGAGAAGUCGUCCAACACUCCAGGAGUGGCUGCGGGAGGCACGGGAGGCAGCAGCACCAACGCGUCGCAGAUCCCAUCUAUCAAGCCCAUGGACCCGCAGUCAAAUAUUCAGUCGCGACGCUCGGCCUUCCAGGGUCUGCCACAAACGCUGUCUGUGUCCUUAGGUCAGGGCCUCUCUCAGUCUCUGCCUUUAUCUGUGCAACAAACUAUUCCGCAAUCCAUCCCGAUUUCCCUGUCGCAGACACUCACUUCGAAUCUGCCUCGCCUCAGUCACGUCUCCUCCCUCGCCUUGUGAAGGACAUCGCACACCAAGUGGCAGAGUUGCAAGUAUAUGUAAAAAAGAUUGAGUAUCAAAUUCUGGUGUACGCGUACACCAGAAACUGACUAUAGCUAACAUCUAGUGAUGGGCCUUUGACUCUGGGGUUUUCAGAACUAGAAAUCAACAAAGAGAAAAUAAGGGACUCGCUGUUAUUAUAAGAAGUGAUGGCUCACUGUGAUGCUGGUGUUAGAAAAAUUGCAUGAACGUUAAAUAAAUCGGGUUCCAUAAAAUUUGUUAAGCUCGAGCGUAAUUAAAGAUGCUGAAGUAUUUACUCCGGAAAAGAUGAAAAUCCUUCAAAUCGCUGCAUCAGCUGGCAAGCUAUUGUCAAGAGGUCUUGACCGUCAGACUUGCCAGCUUCGUGCACAGGUGGGCUGUCAAUCCAGGCGCACUUAAUGUUAAGUGUAUUGACGCAGCUUGCACAAGUGCAAGAGUACUCAAUAACCAGGAUGUUCAACUGUGGUCUACUGCGGCGUCCUCGCCCGGCGUCUCCGGCCGGCGUCCCCAGCUUUGUUUACAGAUUCCGUCCUGCUGCUGAUACACUCGAGGAGACGCAAUCCUAGUCUCGAAUUCAGUGUUCUAUUAGAAAAUAUUAUUUUAAACCAAUUAAGAAAUAUGUAACACCUUUCAAAGAAAUUUGAUUCGAAGUACAGAAAGGAACAUGUCUGCUCUUGGUCUGCUUGCUGUGUUAUUAGACGUCUGAGGACUGUACUGAUCACUGUACUUGGUCUGCUGCAGUGUUUUCGCUAUUUAGCUCCUGGCUUCAAUAAAGCGUUUUAUGGUCACACAUUAGAUCUGUGGUGAAUACGAGGUGAGGAGUCUGACAAGGCUCAGAGAAACGUACGGUAGGUAGUGCAUUGGAUGUCAGCUUAAAGUCUUUUGACUGUGUAAAUAGUGCAUAUGUGAGCGUUGCAUUAUGGCGUUACGUUACUUGUGGAGUACACGGUGACAACAGUAGUACUAGUACCCAAGGUGAAGCUUGCCAUUUAUAUAAUGUGAACAUUUGAGGUUAUUUUAUGUGUAAUAAAUUUCAGAAAACGACGCAUUAGUCUGAUAUAUAUAUAUAUAUAUAUAUAUAUAU